AGAUACCCCAAUUUUUUUUUUUUUCAGUUUUAAUUUUAAAAUCCCAUUUUUAGAAAAGGAAGAUAAUUAUACCAUUCGUUUCAGAAUUCAGAUGCGAUUAUGGGUAUGAAGAGGAAGUUGACAUGGAAAUCGAUGAUCGUUCCGAGUUGCUACACGGCGGCGCUCCGCCGUCUAUCGGAGUCCGACGAUGACGAGCGGCGGCAGGUUUCUAAAAAAGCUUCGUCGCAGAGGCUGUCGCUGUCGGACGCCAGUAACCCGAGUUCGGUCUUGUCGAUCGACGACUUGUCGAAUUCUCUUGUCGGACCGAAGCUUCAUAUUUUUUCCUUUGCGGAACUUCGAACCAUCACUCACAAUUUCGCUUCGUCCAAUUUGCUUGGUGAAGGCGGGUUCGGUCCGGUCUACAAAGGCUUCGUCGAUGAUAAAAUCAAACCGGGUUUGGAAGCUCAGCCGGUCGCCGUUAAAUUGCUCGACCUCCAUGGAUCCCAAGGCCAUAAAGAAUGGCUGGCAGAGAUUAUAAUUCUAGGGCAAAUGAGGCAUCAAAAUUUGGUGAAACUAAUCGGUUACUGUUGGGAAGAAGAUUACAGGCUUUUGGUUUACGAGUAUAUGGCCAGAGGCAGUUUAGAAAACCAGCUAUUUAGAAAGUAUUCAGCUGCUUUACCUUGGUCAACGAGGAUGAAAAUUGCUUUAGAAGCAGCCAAAGGCCUUCAAUUCCUACACGAAGCCGAUCCACCCGUUAUAUUCAGGGAUUUCAAAACUUCUAAUAUCCUCUUGGAUUCUGAUUAUACAACGAAGCUUUCAGAUCUUGGGUUAGCUAAAGAUGACGUUGACUGUGAAGACCAACCAGACACGUCUUGUAUUAUGGGAACUCAAGGCUAUGCCGCUCCUGAGUACGUCAAAUCUGGCCAUUUGACGACGAUGAGUGACGUGUACAGCUACGGCGUCGUUCUACUAGAGCUGCUGACGGGGAAGCGGUCAAUGGACCGAAAGAUCGGCGAGUUUCUAGUGGACUGGGCUAAGCCAUUUCUAAAGGACUCGAAACGGCUCUACCGGAUCAUGGACCCAAAGCUCGAGGGCAUGUACUCGGCCGACGGCGCUCGUAAGGCCGCCGCCUUAGCUCAUAAAUGCUUGAGCCGCAGCCCCAAGCGACGGCCUUCCGUGACGGAAGUCGUUAAUGUGUUGAAGUCUUUGCAAGACUUUAACGACGUGUGCACGGAGCCGUUUGUUUACGUGGUGGAGGACUGCGGCGGGGAGGAGGAGAAGAAGGGAAGAGAUGGGAGAGUUAUUGAAGGGGAUGUGCUUGGGCUUGGUGGGCUGGGCCUAGGCCUGAAUUGGAAAAACUGGAGGCCCAUCUCUGUAUGAUGAAGUAAAUCCCUGUAAAUUUGUUUUUAUUAUUAUUGUUAUUCUUGUAUGAACCUUUCUUCUCGUCCUUGGUAGGAAUUUUGAGGGAAUGGAAGAAGGUUCUUGAGAAAUGUACGGAAUACUUGUACAUAAAAUUGUUAGUGUUAAAAAAAAAAAA